AUGGCAUCUCCAUCAUCCAGUUCAGGCGAUGAGCACAAGAAGAAUGAGGAACAAAUCACUUUUAGAUUUUGUAGUGAAUGUUCAAACAUGUUAUACCCAAAAGAGGACCCCGAUACUCACCGUCUACAAUUCGCAUGCCGUACUUGUCAGUAUUCAGAGGAAGCUGUCUCCUCUUGUGUAUUCAGAAAUAUUCUCAAUAACGCCGUUGGUGAGACUGCUGGUGUGACUCAGGAUGUUGGAUCCGAUCCCACUGUGGGUUUACCCUUAUGUCUUUUGUGCGGCCAUGUGGUCAUUUGUGAGGGAAGGGCGUCGAGUGCAAUGGGUGUAGAAGAGGUUUCACAGUGGAAGGGGGAGGGUUAA